UAAAAUUUGACUAAAUCUGACGGAGGAGCUGUGGUGGUGAGAGGAAACGUCGGGAACUGCUUGGAACGGAAUCAGAAACUCCUUACGGAGCCGGAAACUGGAACGAAGUUCGGCGCUGGAGGUGAGCCGGAAACUGCUUGGAUCGGGCGCUGGAAACGAAGCUCGAUUCUUGUGUCUUCGGAUCUGUGUGCUGGAACAGGCAGAUCUGCUUGGAGCGGUGGUGCUGGAAAGGAUAGAGAAUAGCUACAAUGAGUAGGUUGUCAUUCAGGUCUCGUCCGAAAAUUGGAAAGGAUAGAGAAUAGCUACAAUGAGUAGGUUGUCAUUCAGGCCUCGUCCGCUUGACAUUCACAAGAAACUCCCUAUUGUCAAGUCUGUGAAAGAAUUGGAAGAUGACGAAACCCCCACUUCUACCCGCAAUUCCCAACUGCUUCGUCUUGCGGCCGAGGUAGAUAACGAGGUACAUCAAGUGCCUUGCAAGAAAUUGGCUCCUGAUAUACCCACUCCUCAGUUUGUUGUUGUUGAUACAUAUGAGAUAGACUACUCCCGCACUUUUAGCCAACCAACUUCUUACUUACGUGGCAGAGGAGCUCGGACAGAGCUUGGAGAGUUUGUUGAGUAUGACUUGGACAAUGAAGACGAGGAUUGGCUUCAGGACCUUAACAGAGAAAGAAAGAUGCUCACUCCUGAGAGAUUUGAGAGUUUCCUCUUCAAAUUGGAGGUAUUGGAUCACAAGGCUCGAGAAAGAGCUGGUAUAAUAACAACUACUCUUGGUUCACCUGUUCCUGUACUCCUACAACAUGAUAAUGCUAUUGAGGCUCUGCAAACUCAAGCAAUCAGACAUUCAGUUAUUGAAUCUGUUUACACUUAUUGGAAGGAAAAGCGUGAACGGUGGCAAAAGCCUAUAUUGCGGCGUUUGCAGCCGCCUCCACCUGUCAAUGAUACAAAUCCGUACAAUGUCUUUAGGCCAAGGGAGAAAGCCCAUAGACUUCACACAAGAAGGAUGCAACGGAGGGAAAACAAUGUGCAAUCUUUUGAGAAGCUUCGCCAGGUUAGGCGCAACCUGGAACAAGCUAAAACCUUAUUGGAGGCUUUAAUUAAGAGGGAAGAGAAAAAGAGAGAUCUGAUGGAAAGUGAUGUUGGCCUUCAGAGGGUUCAUUUGAAGUAUAAGCAUGAAACCGAACUUCUGGAAGAGAGCUUAGCACUUCCCAGGUUCUUACCCUUCUCUUGUAAGUUUGGUUCAAGCGAGGACGAAUUUAUGGAGUUGGAUGAUAUUGCAAUCAGUCGCCCCCCACGAAUACGAACUUCUGGAUCUUUCGUGGAGGCAAACACAAUUAUGUUCCCAACUGAAAGCGUGAAGCAAGAGUACAGGCAACAACAGUUGCCACAUGGAUGGCUUCACAAAAUGGAUCCACUGGAGCCAGUUUUGUUGUUUGCAAAACCUCUGAUUGCAGAGAAGUUGACAGCUGCAGCGAUAGUACCACCAUCAGAUUCUUCGACAAGGAGUAGUGUGUCAAUGGGUUCUCAUAAAUUCCGGGGAAGAAUUGGCCGGGGUGGCAGAAUAAUAUUUGACAGAUGGAAUCCAUUAUUGCAGACUGCUAUUGACUGCAGUAACUCGUACUAUUCACCACCAAAACAAGCGCAUAUAGCAUAUAAUUGAUAAGUCUGAUUUGAGAUCAUCUGUAUAACUGCCCCCAGAUUCUUUUGAUGUACAAACGCUAGAAAUUGUAUGUUAUAACGGCGUCAAAACGAGACUUGUUUUUCCUGACUUGAGAAUUAAUGUAAAAGCAAGCUCAGUCUGCAUGUAGCAGGUGUCUAAAACUGCUGCCCAAUUUCUUCUUCUUCCUCUCAUUAUAAGCUCAAAUGUGUAGAGGUGAGAGAUCGAACCAUCAACUUUUAAGAUACAAUUGAUGCUCUAAAAUUGGGUAUGCAA